ACAUAAGUAAACGUCAAAAAUUAACAAAACCGCUUUUACCUGGAUCGGUUCAGUCGUGUCAAUCGUUAGUUUUGUAGAUAUUCAAAUAAUUGUUGAAACCCUCAAUUAACUUAGUUAUUAAUCCAUGAUUCCAUAAUUAUUUUUUUUAAAGAAUCGAUAACUUAUUUUAUCAGUAUUCAGAAGUCCGUCAACCAUGGCUCACUGUAUGCGAGUUUUACAUGGCCAAGGUGGCAGGACAAGAACGGUACUCUUGGAGAUUCAGCAAAGAUGCUUCAGCGUAUCCCCACUCACUGCCGCUGCGGCCCAGGUCGCGAUGUCAAGAUUCGACAAAGCUCCUCUGCCAUAUGAUAAAUUAUCACAGAAUUUGGAGAUUGUCAAAAAGAGGUUAGGUCGUAAGAUGACCUUGUCAGAGAAGGUUCUCUACUCACAUUUGGACGACCCAAAGGGUCAGGAAAUUGAACGUGGCACCAGCUACCUUCGACUUCGGCCCGACCGAGUGGCUAUGCAAGAUGCAACGGCUCAAAUGGCCAUGUUACAGUUCAUCUCAUCAGGAUUACCUCGAGUUGCUGUCCCAUCUACCAUCCAUUGUGACCACUUGAUUGAAGCACAAAUUGGUGGUGACAAGGAUUUGGCCAGAGCAAAGGACAUCAACAAAGAAGUUUACAAAUUCCUGGAGACAGCUGGAGCUAAGUAUGGAGUCGGAUUCUGGAAACCAGGCUCUGGAAUCAUCCAUCAAAUCAUCCUGGAGAACUAUGCAUUCCCUGGCUUACUAAUGAUUGGCACUGACUCUCACACACCCAACGGUGGAGGCCUCGGCGGACUUUGCAUUGGUGUCGGCGGUGCUGAUGCGGUCGACGUGAUGGCCGAUAUCCCAUGGGAACUUAAGUGCCCGAAAGUGAUCGGUGUGAAGUUGACUGGUCAACUAAAAGGCUGGACGAGCCCCAAGGACGUGAUCCUGAAGGUCGCCGGCAUCCUCACAGUGAAAGGCGGUACUGGUGCCAUUGUGGAGUACCACGGGCCCGGUGUCGACUCUAUAUCCUGCACAGGAAUGGCCACCAUUUGCAACAUGGGUGCUGAGAUCGGCGCCACCACCAGUGUGUUCCCCUACAACUCGCGUAUGGAAGCGUACCUUAAGUCGACGGGCCGCCAGAACGUCGCGUCCAACGCAAAUAACUACAAGCAACUGCUCACACCGGACGAAGGUGCACCUUAUGACGAGUUGAUUGAGAUUAACCUGUCGACCUUGGAGCCCCACGUCAACGGUCCCUUCACCCCGGAUCUGGCGAACCCCAUCUCCAAAUUGGGCGAGGCGGCUAAGUCGGCCGGCUGGCCAGUGGACAUCCGCGUGGGUCUCAUCGGAUCCUGCACAAACUCCUCAUACGAAGACAUGGGCCGCUGCGCCAGCAUCGUAAAGGAGGCGCUGAAACACGGUGUAAAAUCCAAAGUACCAUUCAACGUGACCCCCGGUUCAGAACAAGUUCGCGCCACCAUCGAGCGUGACGGCAUUGCGCAAACCCUGCGCGAAUUCGGAGGCACUGUAUUGGCUAAUGCGUGCGGUCCUUGCAUCGGUCAAUGGGACCGUAAGGAUGUGAAGAAAGGCGAAAAGAACACCAUCGUAACGUCAUACAACAGGAACUUUACAGGACGUAACGACGCCAACCCCGCUACCCACUGCUUCGUCACCAGUCCCGAGCUCGUAACUGCUCUAUCGCUAGCUGGUCGACUGGACUUCAAUCCCCUAACUGACGAGUUGACAGGCGCCGAUGGCAAGAAAUUCAAGCUGUCAGAUCCGUUCGCGGACGAGCUGCCGUCCAAAGGAUUCGACCCCGGCCAGGACACAUACGAACACCCACCUGCUGACGGCUCUAAAGUGGCAGUGGACGUAUCCCCAAGCUCUGAUCGCCUUCAACUGCUAGCUCCUUUCGAGAAGUGGAACGGCAAGGACCUCACCGACUUGACCAUCCUCAUUAAGGUGAAGGGGAAGUGCACCACCGACCAUAUCUCCGCCGCCGGACCCUGGCUGAAGUACCGUGGACAUCUUGACAAUAUCUCCAACAACAUGUUCAUCACCGCCACAAACGCGGAGAACGGUGAAUUGAACAAGGUUCGCAACCAGUUGACCGGCGAAUGGGGACCCGUGCCAGCGACCGCCCGCGCUUACAAGGCGGCCAACACUCCCUGGGUCGUCGUCGGCGACGAAAACUACGGAGAAGGAUCAUCUCGCGAGCAUGCUGCGCUAGAACCCCGACAUCUUGGUGGACGCGCCAUUAUCGUCAAGUCAUUCGCUAGAAUUCACGAGACCAAUCUGAAGAAACAGGGUAUGCUGCCGCUGACAUUCUCAAACGCCGCGGACUACGACAAAAUCCAACCAACCGACAAGAUUUCACUUCUAGGACUGAACAGCCUCGCACCUGGCCAGCAAGUCGAUUGUGAAAUCAAGCACAAGGAUGGCAACACUGAACGCAUCAAGUUAAACCACUCCCUGAACGAACAACAGAUCUCAUGGUUCAGAGCCGGUUCCGCGCUGAACAGAAUGAAGGAAAUCGCAGCCGGCAAGUGAAGUACCAGACGCCUUAACAAGUCGCUAUUAUGAAACUUGCACUGGUAAUUUACCCUCAAUUUUAGGGUAAUUAUAAAUCAACUAGCAACAAUGAGCCAUAAAUUAAAUACUAUUUAUAAAUGCGGUGCUAGCAAAUGUAAUGUUAAAUGAAUUCAAUAUUUUGUAUUCAAAGACAUGAGAAUCUCAUGCCCUAAGAACAAGAUAGAAUCCUGAUUAAUGUAGCGAGUAAACUCAUUUGGCACAUUUUUAUUUAUGGCGUUACUGAUGAGUUGGAAGAGAAAGCAUGUAUAAUGUUCGAAAAUUUAAAAUUUCAUAGGUUCUUUGGUUACGAAACUUCAUUUGUUUUGUUCAGUAUUCUCUCGUCUGUGUAGAUGUAAGAUUACUGUUAUAUCUAAUUAUCUACCAGUAAAUAUGACACCUAACAAUAUUAAAAUGUAAAAACAUUUUAAAUGUCGAAUUGUCAUUUGUAUAUACGAUAUAUUUCAACUCAUUAUCGACUUUAAUGUGAUAUACAUAGGGUUUAAUUGCUAUUUUAAUCAGUGAAUAAUGUUAAUUCUUGUUCUUAGGCUCAUGCCUUUCUAGGUAGGUAGGUUAGUUUGCCACAACCAGUGCAAGAAGUGACGUUACCAUAGUUGUCAAAGAUUUUUGUUUAAGAACACAUUUGAUUAAUAUCAGUCGGACAAUACAGCAGCAGUGAAUCUUCUAUUGUUAGCGUAGUAUAAAUGAUAGAUGAAAUUAGAUUAAGUUUCAAUAUUUCCCUUUUUAAAUGAAUUGUAAAUCCUACGAAUUCAACUCGUUUUAUUUUAUUUAUGUAAAUAAUAUUUACCUGGAAAUAAAUUUACUUAUACAAUG